CACACUGACUGCUCUUCAGUCCGACCUCUCUGGAACCGACCCCCGCUCACAUAUCCGCACCAUGCCUACCUGUCCGGAGCUCAUCUCCCACCCAGAGCUGGAUUUUACUGCGGGAUCGGGCUGACCCCAGAGAGAGGAUCUUCUGCUCACAUAUUUGGACUUUACAUUUGGUUUUGUUUUUUCUUGUUCUCGCCUGUUGCGGCUGGCUGAGCGGAGGGAGCGCCGAGGAGAAGGAUUGAGCCGGGGACCCGUGCCAUGACAUUUGACCUGUGAGUGUGAGCCGACAGCCCUUUGUGUUUGUGUGAAGCGGAGCCUCGGUCCAUGAUGAGGAGCAGCUCUCAUGCCCUGCCUCUGGGUGUGCUCACAGCUCUGCUGCUGGCUCACUUCUGCUCGGGCAUCAAAUGGCUGACUUUGUCAAACAGUCCCAUUGCUUUACACAUGAACAACAGCCAACAGUGUAAGCUGUUGCCCAACCUGGUGCCCACCCAAACUCAGCUGUGCCGCACUCACCUGGAGAUCAUAAAGACCAUCGUCCAAGCUGCUCGUGAAGUCAAGAAAACCUGCCAGAAGACGUUUUCCGACAUGCGCUGGAACUGCUCCUCCAUUGAAAUUUCUUCUGAUUCUCCAAAGUAUCGACCCGAUCUGGACAGAGGAACCAGGGAGGCAGCGUUUGUCUAUGCCCUGUCGUCAGCAACCAUCAUUCACUCCUUAUCACGAGCAUGCGGCCUUGGAGAAAUAACGGGAUGCACGUGCGCAAAACGCCCCGAUGAGGCCCCAGGUCCCGACUUUCGCUGGGGUGGUUGUGGUGACAACAUGGCCUAUGGAACUCCUUUAGGCACCAAGUUUGUUGACGCACCCAUGAAGCUGAAACGCUCAGGUUCCCACGCCAACAAACUGAUGCAUCUACACAACAGUGAAGUUGGAAGACAGGUACUGAGAAGGUCCGUGGAGUUAAAAUGUAAGUGCCAUGGCGUUUCUGGAUCCUGCUCCGUAAGAACCUGCUGGAAGAGCUUCCAAGACCUCAAAGACAUUGCCAUGGACCUUAAAUCCAGAUACCUCUCUGCCACCAAGGUGGUUCACCGACCCAUGGGCACACGCAAGCAGCUCGUCCCCAAAGACAUUGACAUCAGGCCAGUGAGAGACAAUGAACUGGUCUACUUGCACAGUUCUCCAGACUUCUGCACCAAGAACGAAAAACUGGGUUCUGUUGGCACACAAGACAGGCAGUGCAACAAAACGUCGGUUGGCAGUGACAGCUGUGACCUGAUGUGCUGCGGCCGUGGAUAUAACCCGUACACAGAGAAGCUGGUAGAACGCUGCCACUGCAAGUACCACUGGUGUUGCUACGUAACCUGCAAAAAGUGUGAGCGAACCGUGGAGAGAUACGUUUGCAAAUGAGUCCAUCUUCCUGCUGGACUCACCGGAAGUUCUUGACUUCAUACUGAACCCCUUCCCCCACCAAAGGCUCAAGAUUAACCAAAGCAUUACAGUACCAAGAAGGCUUGCUUUGUCAUAAAGGGAUAGCCUUGUCAGCUGAAAUGUUGUCCUGUCAAACAGUUAUCAGUAGUCUGCUCCUUGUCAGUCAAAAGUUGUCCUCCAAGUUAGUCUCAUGACGUUUGCAACAAGGACCAAUUUUUAUUGCUUUCCAGGCUUAUAAAGCAACAUACAAGUGCGAAAGAAUGCUGCAUUAGUCCAUGUAACUUCUUAAAUGUGUGUGCUGAGAAUAAACUUUUGCUGAUAUAG